AUGGCGACGAACUUCAACAAACGUCAACUCUUAGUAAAUACUUUAAAUCGUCCAACAAAGCCCGAACUGCGACCUAUGGCUGCGGUGGCAGUUCGGAUGCAUUGUAUAAAAUAUAUAUUACAAGAUAAACGUGGAAACGCGUGCCACACGGGCUCUGGUGGCGGAUCUCCAUUGUCACCUGGGUGGAGAACAACUUGGAUUUGUUCCUUGGUCACGUCCAAUUGUUCUUUAGGCGAUACGUCGACAAAGCCGCCUUCGUCGAGCAGACUUGUUCGUACUGCGCCAUUUGCUACUGAACUAACUGUGGACCUCAUGGGGUUAUUAUUAUUUUGUAAAUUGCCAUUCCUGGGAUCAUUGCGACUGAAGAAGAAGCUAUUAUCCAUCCGAUUAUAUUCGCCCAUAAUGGAUAGAACUUACAACAAUAAAAAUAGGAGCGACAAAUUUCCAACAAACACGCCAAUACAAUCCUGGCGCAAAUCCAAUCAUAUCUUUAAUAUCCGCGCAAAAUCUAUCAGUACCCACGAUGCCAGACCGACUAGGAAAUACAAGGUGAAUAAACAGGCGACAAAUAUUUCCCGAUGGUUCCCAAUUAGAGGAAAUUCGUCACUUAGUGCCGUGAUUAUCGCUUCUGAUCCUCCAAACUGGAAUAUAAUUAAAAUAAUCAUCAAUUACUUACUGAACUAUCCAGACCAAGGCCCAAAAAAUGGACCCAGGCAUUGUUGCAAUUGCUGCGGGAUAAACAAUGAAGACAAGACCAGGCCCUUCAGUGGCGACAUCUUUAAUGGAACGGCCGCUCGCAUGCGCCAUGUAACCAAGAACUGA